AGAAGAUUUAUUUGCCCAAAACAGCCUCGCUAGCCACGGAUAAAUAAAUGACUUCAUAUAUGAUAAAUACUUAAUCUCGAUUUAUUUAGUGAAUAAAUGUUGCAAAUGGCGAAAAAAAACAUAUCUGCCAUAAACGAGCAGAAUUAAAGUGUGAUUAAGCGUUACGCGAAAAACAAGCAAGCAACGGAAAUUCGAAUAGAAAGAAGUGAACAAUAAAAUAUUACAUAAUAUCUUGAAUGGCCUCAUAAUUUACUGCAGCUAAGUACUUUAGCUUGUUGUUAAACAUUUUGCGUGCAAAGUGUCGCCCUUAAGUGCAAUCAAAUUCAUUUGAGUUAAAAGAAAAAUCGCCGGUUUCGAAUACUAGCGUGUUUUGUCUCUUAGAUUUUUGUUUUCGAUCUGCUUCAAUAUGUCAUCUCAUGAAGACGACGAUCGUGACGAUACGGAGGAACAGGAAAUACAUGUCGAUGUCGAUUCAGAUUCACGCUUAUCGUGCGGCACGGGCUCCGAUGUCGAUAUGGACGGUGGCAGUUGCUACGAUGAAGUAGAAGCCCCGUUGAGCAGUGAAUCACAAUCGGAGCAAACGCGCUCAUCAUCAAGCGAAAAUUUACCGUUUAGUAUAUCACGCCUGCUUUCGAAGCCUUUUGAGAACAACAAUCAUAUUAAUAGCAACAACAAUAACAGUAGCAACGGCAGCAAUAAGUCGGCUAGUGAUCCAGACAUAGCGAGCGAACACGAUUUGGCCGCAUACAAACUGGCUACAAGUCUAGCAUCUUCUACGUACGGAAGUGCGGCUACCGCACUUUACACAUACCCACACCUAUAUCCAUCGGCAGCGGCGGCGGCAGCUGGCCAUGUGCUGAGAGUACCACCACAACGAACGCCAUUAACUUGGGCUUUACCACCUUUACAUCAUGCUGCGCUAGCGCAUCAGGCUGUCAAAGAUCGACUAGCAGCUGCUUUUCCUAUAGCACGGCGUAUCGGGCAUCCAUAUCAGAAUCGUACGCCGCCGAAACGGAAAAAGCCACGAACCUCUUUCACCCGCAUACAGGUUGCGGAAUUGGAGAAAAGAUUUCACAAACAAAAAUAUUUAGCCUCAGCUGAAAGAGCUGCAUUAGCACGAGGCUUGAAAAUGACUGAUGCUCAAGUGAAAACUUGGUUUCAAAACCGACGAACGAAAUGGCGGCGUCAGACUGCCGAGGAAAGAGAAGCUGAGCGACAGGCAGCCAAUCGCUUAAUGCUUUCUCUACAGGCAGAAGCUAUAAGUAAAGGAUUUGCUCCUCCACCAACUGCCGCUUUAGCUACACAAACGGUAAACGGAGCGCCUUUAGCAGCGUUGCACGGCCUACAGCCGUGGGCUGAAACAACCCACGCGGCUGGAUGCUAAUUUUGUCCAACACAUGAAAUCUCUUUUAAAUAUUAAAUUUGUGAUAAACUGUAUAUGUAUAUGUAAAUAAGAUUAAUUAAAUUAAUUGUAAGAGCUGCAACUAACACUUACACAAUAUACACGUAUAAAAUGAUAAUUAAAAGAUCACU